AUGAGUUAACAUCUACUGACAGAAUAAGAAAUAAAGAAGAUUUUCCCAUAUACUUAAAGCAUUCAUAAUAGAUAUUUGGAACAAAAUAGAAUGGAGAGCAUCAGAGAUGAAUUAAAUAAUUAGUAGUAAUAAUCGAUCUCCUCUCAUAUUAAGGAUCUCAUAGUCAAAGAUAAGCUGAAGCCUAAAUUAUUACAACCAAUAACUAUGUUGGAUGAAAGCUGCAAUAGAGGAGUUAGAAGAAUGAAGAAACUAUUAUAUCAUGAUUCAUAAAAUAUUAACCUCCACAAUAUCAAUUAAAGAAGGGAAAUGGUUUAAUUGGCAUAAUGGUUAGAUAUGAUGGUAGAAUAGGUUCAUUCCUAAAAGAUAACCGAUUAUUAAGAAUACUACAACAAAUUGGAAAUAGUCUUUCAAGGUUCUGUUUUGGAAUUAGAGAGAUAAAUUACAACUGUAGGAUUUGAGUUUGGACAAUUUUUAAAGAAGUUGUGGGAAGCUUUUACAUAAGAAGUUCAAAAAAUAAUUUUAGGAUUGCAACAAAGAAAUUAAUAAAUAGAAUAGAAAUGCUUAGAAGAUAUCAACCAAUUGCAUAGGAAUUAUUAAGAUGCUAUUGAAAAAUAAGCAGAAUCUAUGAGGUUGAUGAAGGAAGAAGCAUUAUCUGUUUAGAAUAAUAUUGUAAAAAUGAAGAAGGAGAAUGUAUAUUUGAGGAAGAAAGAUAAAAGAAGAGAAGAGCAAUUGAAUGAUCUCAUGAGUGACUUUUGGGAAUAGAAUUUGCAUUUAAUCGAAUAUUAAGGAAUAGACAAAUUUCAUAAGUAGGCCCAGACAGCGGAGGAGAUGGAUCUAGUUUUAUAAUAGAAGGAUAUGUUUGAGUUCUUUAAACAGAAAUUCGAAGUGCAUAAAAAAGAAAUUGAAAAUUAAUAUAAAAUUCUUACAUUACAGGAUGAAUAUUAUGAUGGAUCAACUCAUUUAAUUAUAACUGAAUCCUCAGUUGAUACAAGUGAUCUUAUUAAGACAAGAGAGUAAAGUGAAGAUACAUCUGAAUAUUAUAUAUAUGUGAGUACUUCAACUUAGACUCCAAAACAAGCAAAGAAAGUGGAUGAAGAAAUAUAAGUGUAACCUUCUUAAGGAAAUCAAGAAUCUUAAGUCAAUUCAAUAUAAUUGAGAAAAGAGAGAGUGCCUCGAAAUUAAACAGAGUCAAAAUUGUUUAGGAGAGCUAAAUUUCCUUUAUCUGAGAUUAUUUCAGAAUAUAGUUCCCUAUAUUUCCCUGAGUAAGAACUGAGUAGUAAUGAUCCUUAAUUUAUUGUCAUUAUGGCUGAUUAAAUAGCUUAAUUAAAGGAUAGAAUUGAAGAUUUAUUAACUGUCUUGAAUUUGAGAGGAGACAAUUCUAGUGAAGAUAUUUUAGCAAUUAAAUAAUAUCUGCAAUUGAAUUAUGGCAAUUUCAAUUUUUAUUUUAAUUAAUGUUGGAAUGUGUUAUAAACACAAAUCUCGGUUGUGAUGGAUGCUAAAAUAGACAAAGAAGAAAUGGAACUUGAAAUGAAAGAAAUUGAGAAUAAAUUUAAUGAGAACAUUGUUUUAUUCAAGAAAUAUCAUAAUAGAACUAAAGAAAAAGAAACCAUUUCUAAAUUUUAUGAAGACUCCUUAAUAAAGGUUAUCAGAUAUGCUCCAUAAUUUUUAAUUAAUCAAAUAAAAGAGUAAGCUAGCACAUAUGGAGUUUUGGAGAAUGUUGAAUUUAAGGAGUUUAAACGAAGGCAAGGUACAAAUGUCGAUCCAAAAUAAUAAUAACAAUUAUCUGCAAAAGAUUUGGACUCACCAACCCGAUCUCCUAAUAAGACUUUGACAACAAUCAAUAUUUCUAAGCCAAUAAUGAAAAUUUAAAAAAUAGGCAGCCAAAUUGAAAUCUCUAGCAAAGAUGAUGAUGACGUUUACAAAAGUGAUUCAUCCAAAGAAGGGUCAGGAGAUGAGAGUGAUGUUUCCUUUAGUUAAAUAAAAUUGGAUUUCAAACAAAGCAAACCAAAAUUAACAAUUGAAAAGAAACUAAGAAUAUCUACUUGUCCUAUAAAAUCAGCAUCGUAUGCUACUAAUUUAUUAAAACAAAUGAUAUCAAAAUUCAAUAUCAAUCAGAGAACUGGAUUAUAUCAAUUAAGUACUAUCCUCUAAAGUUAUCAAGAAUUAAUCAUGAAAAUUCCUAAUACUAUUUAAAAUACUCCUCUUCAUGUGCAUAUGUAUGAAAAUAUUGUUUCACAUUAUGGCUAAUCAUAAUUUAGUGAUGCAAAUAGAUACAAGAGAACCAUUAAGAGUUUCUUAUUUUUUGAAUAAAAAAGCAGCACUUGUCAAUUAGUUGUUAAAUUUUUGAAAGCUGAAUAUGAUAUUUAGGAUCUUAACCUAUAUCUACAAAUAGUUUAAUCAAUGUAAGAAUAUCCAAGUGUUUCAUAUUCAAAAUUCAUAGACACACUACUUAAAUGGUUUUCUGAUAAUAAGUAUUCUCAAAGUGAAAUUGAAAAUAUCAUAUAUGACAUCUCCACAUCAUAAGUAGCAUAUAUGUAGAGUUAAUAAGGACCAUGUGAUUAUGAUAUUUUGAUGUACUAGUUUUUAGAGAUCUUUCAAAAAUACAAGAAUCGUACAUCUAUUAAAUAUAAGCAUCUCUACAUCUCUGUUGAUCUUUUGAAUAAAGGAAGUAUUGAUUUUUAUUAAUGGAACUUUCUUUAUGAAGUAUUAUGUUGCAUCAACUACUCAUUUUCAAUUAGACUAUUCUACUAAGAAGCUGAUUAUUGUGGAGAUAGUGGAAAGAUGAUGUCAAAAUAAAGAUUUACAUUAGUUUGUGAUGAAUUAAAGAUAUUUUAGGAAGAUGAUCAAAUUAAAUUAUUAGAUAGGGAGACAUAUUUUACAAUAAGGGAAAAGAUCAAUACUUAAUGGAUGAAAGAAAAGAUAGUAAUGAAAAUGUCAUUCAUUAAAGCAAACAAAUAUAAUAAAUUUAUUAAGAGUAUUUUUGGAGCAAUUGAUUCUUUUGUUCAAAAUCCAAAUACUUGUUAAUUUGAACCUGAAUCAAUUUGUUACAUGUACAAACUAUUAUAAAAAACCUGGAAGCCCUACUUUUUGGAAUCGCAAUUAAAUAUAGGCAUACCUGUAGAAAUUUCACUUAUCAAUACUACUUACAGGAAGUUGGAACUCAAAGUUCUCAAUAAAGAUUGA